AUGUCCACAAGAAAGAGGAAGAACCAGGAAGAGGAGCUUGUCGCUCUCCCAAGUGAUGAGAGCGAAGAGGAAGAAGAAUAUGACGAGUCUGACGGAUCAAACUUCAAUUCAGACGAUUCCGACGCCGAAGAGCCUCCACCAAAGAAGAAGACCAAGCGCACCAAGCCCAAAGAUGAUGAGGAUGAUGAAGAGGAGGAGGAAGACGACGUGAGCGACGACGAUGACGACGACGCCGCGGGGCCCGAGGAAGACGACGACGAGGAUGAAGACGCCAACCCGAAAGGCAAGAAGCCAGCCGGUGCGGAGAAGGAUCGGAAGGUCAAGACCACAGGCAAAGCUGACCCUGUACCUGUUGUCGAUGAUGACGACGAUGACGAGUAG